CUCUCUUGGCGAAUUUUUUUAAAGAGGAGGAACCAAAUUCUAGCCAUAAAAUGAUCAAGGUGACACCGGCAUAUCCCAGAGUCAAAGCUUCAAACAAGCAGCUGAGAGCCACUGUAGGAGACAAGUUUCGAAGUUCCUUGUACCUGUUAAUGGAGACUCUGAAUGCUACUACACCUCAUUAUGUGCGCUGUAUUAAACCCAAUGAGGAGAAACUGCCAUUUGAGUACGACUCAAAGCGUGUGGUGCAGCAGCUGAGGGCCUGUGGUGUGCUGGAGACCAUCCGUAUCAGUGCCCAGAGUUACCCGUCCAGGUGA